UUUUCUCUAUUUGGCGCAGUGACUUUCGUUUUCCAUGCAGCUGUCAGCUUAUAAUGCCUCGCAGUCAGUUUCAUUAAAGCAAACUGGAAACCGAUCAAUAUACGUCCGGUCAAACAAAUGGCACGGCGCACAAUGUCUGUCCUUCCUCAGUGGUCCUCUCGUAUUUUUUCAGUGGAGCUGGAUGGAGCACCCUUCUACUUUUCAACUCAAGAAAAGCACCGGGGAGAAGAGGUGCCCCGGGUGUUCAGAAAAAUACCAAACUAUGGAAGGUGUUACUCUCUCCUUGUCUGCAGCAGCGACAGAAUCAGACUUGCCAGGUUUUACGGGGAGCUGAAAGACAAAUUGUUGAGAGACUUGCCUCCAGAGUGUCAUUUGUCUCCCAUGUCCUCAUUCCUGCCAAAUGUCAAGGAUUCUCUCUUAAAGGGGUACUUUUUAAACGAUAAUUCUGAGAGCUCAUCCCCGACAGAGCGACUAUUGCGAGAUUUAAUACAGCGUGACCCGGUGCUUGUGUGUUCAUACUUGAGGGGUGAAGGCGGUCAACUGUGGACUCAGCACCUGUGGUCUCAUGCAGACAGCCAAACGAUGGAAAUGUCAAAGGAUUACUAUGUGGUACCCUCAGAAGCGCCAGAAUAUCACCCAUCUACUCUCAACAUAAUCAAUUCUGAUGUUUUCUACAGUUUUGAGGAGGCCUAUGGAAUUCUAAAAAAGUGUGGUGACAUCAUCCCAGAGGCGAAGUCUGUGCUGGAGCUGCUGGCCAGCAGAGCGGAGGCCAGAAGUAAACCAGACUUCCCUGUUAUUGUCAUAGAGGGCCUGGAUGCCACAGGUAAAACCACUCUGACUGAGUCUCUGAGGGAUACUCUUGGGGCCUGUCUUUUGCCAUCCCCUCCCCAGUGUCUGUCCCCCAUGAGGGCCCGCUUUGAUCGGGAGCCGCCCCUCAUCCGCAGGGCCUUCUACGCUCUGGCAAACUACAUCACAGCAGAACAAAUAGGCCAGGAGGGCAUGAAGACACCUGUCAUCGUUGACAGAUUCUGGCACAGCACAGCAGCGUAUGCCAUUGCCACAGCAGUGAGUGGUGCAGUGUGUAACCUGCCAGCGGAGGAUUCAGAGAUUUACCGUUGGCCCAGUGACCUGCUCCAGCCCAGCCUGGUGGUCUUACUCACCCUGGACCCCGAGGAGAGGAAGAGGAGGCUGAGGAACAGAGGUCAAGGAAAGACUGAAGAGGAGCAAGAGCUGGACGACAACCAGCUUUUCAGACUCAAAGUGGAGAAGGCUUACCAGAGGAUCAGGGGCCCAGCAUGUGUCACUGUGGAUGCUAGUCCUUCUACAGACCAAGUGCUCCAAGAAGUGCUGCUUUUAAUUAGGGGCAAAUGCCACUUAUAAACAGUUCUCCAUCCUCCCUGCUGUCAGCCAAACAUCAAGUGAAUGUAGUACCUCCAUUCACCACUGGGUGCCAGUAAGGUGUUGUCAAUGCACUAGUAGGAGGAAUGGUGGCCAGAUUGGAGUGUGGAGAAGAGAUUCUUUUCAGAAUGAGUAAAGGUUGAAUGGCCAGGGGCCAGAACUACAUGCUACAAUCAGAAAUACAUAUUCAUAUAGACACACAAGCAUGCACAAAUUCGGACACACACACAAACACACACACACACACACACACACACACACACACACACACACACACACACACACACACACACACACACACACACACAAAAGUAUUGUCAAUAAGAAGUGUGCACUUAACUGCUGUUGUGCCCUCUCAGAAAUCAGACAGUGUAGCCUUCAGACAAAGUGUAGCUGCGCUUAUUGACUACCACUUGUAUUUGGACCGACAUCGAGAAAAUGGAUAGAAACAUUGAUAUAAGCACCAGUCAGUGCUUAUAUAGGCAAAAUCCAAAUGUCAAAAUAUACAAUAGACCUGCAAGAAUGAACACAAUGAAAAGGAUCCAAUUCAAACUAAAUACUUUUAAUUUGUUAAAAAAAAAUGUGUUUCAAAUAAAAAAAAAAAUGACACUAAAUACUUUGUCUCUCAUUAAGUGAUAAUGUCUGUUUUUUUUGUUUGUUUUUUUCAUUACAAAAUAAGAGUCCUUUUUGCAAUGCACUGCAGAUGGCAAUUCCCUUUAGUUCAACUGUGUGAUAUUGACAAAACUGAUGCCGCUUGUAUUGAUAACCUGUGGAGCUAUAGAGUACACUGAGAACAUA